CGGGCCAGGUUUUUGGUGGGGUGACCAGAGCCUGCCUUCCCCCAAUGCGUCCCAGCGCUACAGCAGCACACGGCGCAGCUGCCGGCCCGCCCAACAGCUCUCGCGAACAGAGCAUGCAGAAUUCCGAGGGUGGAUCGGACUCGCCCGCGUCCGUGGCUCUGCAUCCCGCGGCGACCGCGCAGCCUGCGCCCGCCUCCCCGCAGAGGGUGCUGGUGCAAGCGGCUGGCCCCGCCCCCAAAGUGGCCCAGACGCAGCCCAUCUCCCUCCCCAGGGUCCAGCAGGUGUCACAACAGGUCCAGCCGGUCCAGCAGGUGUACCCCAUGCAGGUGCACUACGUGGAAGGGGGUGAUGCCGUCUACACCAACGGGGCCCUUCGCACUGCCUAUGCCUACAACCCGGAGCCUCAGCUCUAUGCCCCGAGCAGCGCCGCGUCCUACUUCGAGGCCCCCAGUGGCGCGCAGGUGACUGUGGCCUCCUCCCCGCCCGCCUUGCCCCCUCACAGCAUGGUGGGCCUCACCAUGGACGUCGGGGGCAGCCCCAUCGUCUCCAGCGCAGGAGCCUACCUCAUCCACGGGGGCAUGGAUGGCGCCAGGCACUCGCUGGCUCACACGGCCCGCUCCUCGCCAGCCACGUUGCAGUGGCUACUGGAUAACUAUGAGACAGCGGAAGGCGUGAGCCUGCCCCGAAGCUCCCUCUACAACCACUACCUCCGGCACUGCCAGGAACACAAGCUUGACCCGGUCAAUGCCGCGUCCUUCGGCAAGCUCAUCCGCUCCGUGUUCAUGGGCCUGCGCACGCGGCGCCUGGGGACCAGGGGCAAUUCCAAGUAUCAUUAUUACGGUAUCCGGCUGAAGCCAGACUCGCCCCUGAACCGGCUGCAGGAGGAUACCCAGUACAUGGCCAUGCGGCAACAGCCCACACACCAGAAACCCAGGUAUCGACCCGCCCAGAAGACAGACAGCCUGGGGGACAGCAGCUCUCACAGCAGCCUACACAGCACGCCCGAGCAGGCCACGGCCGCCCACAGCCAGCACCACCAGCAGUACAUAGAUGUCUCCCAUGUCUUCCCUGAAUUCCCAGUGCCCGACCUGGGCAGCGCCCUGCUACAGGAGAGCAUCACGCUGCGCGACGUCAAGGCCCUACAGCUGGCCUACCGGCGGCACUGCGAGGCGACCCUGGACGUGGUCAUCAACCUACAGUUUCACUACAUUGAAAAGCUGUGGCUUGCCUUCUGGAAUUCCAAGGGCCCCGCCAGCGACGGCCCCGCCUCACUGCCUGCCAGCGACGAGGAGCCCGAGGGCGCCACACUCUCCAAGGACAAGCUGGUCUCCCUGUGCAAGUGCGACCCCAUCCUCAGGUGGAUGCGGAGCUGUGACCACAUCCUCUACCAGGCCCUGGUGGAGAUCCUCAUUCCAGACGUGCUGAGGCCCGUCCCCAGUACCCUGACUCAAGCCAUCCGCAAUUUUGCCAAGAGCUUGGAGGGCUGGCUCACCAAUGCCAUGAGCGACUUUCCCCAACGCGUCAUCCAAACCAAGGUGGGCGUGGUGAGCGCCUUCGCGCAGACCCUGCGGCGCUACACGUCCCUCAACCACCUGGCGCAGGCGGCGCGCGCCGUGCUGCAGAACACGGCGCAGAUCAACCAGAUGCUCAGCGACCUCAACCGCGUGGACUUCGCCAACGUGCAGGAGCAAGCGUCCUGGGUGUGCCAGUGCGAGGAGGGCGUGGUGCAGCGGCUGGAGCAGGACUUCAAGGUGACGCUACAGCAGCAGAGCUCGCUGGAUCAGUGGGCCGCCUGGCUGGACGGUGUGGUCACCCAGGUGCUCAGGCAGCAUGCCGGCAGCCCCAGCUUCCCCAAGGCCGCCCGGCAGUUCCUGCUCAAGUGGUCCUUUUACAGCUCCAUGGUGAUCCGGGACCUGACCCUGCGAAGCGCCGCCAGUUUUGGCUCCUUCCACCUCAUCCGGCUGCUCUACGACGAGUACAUGUUCUACCUGGUGGAGCACCGCGUGGCGCAGGCCACAGGCGAGACGCCCAUCGCCGUCAUGGGCGAGUUCAACGAUCUUGCCUCCCUGUCGUUGACGCUGCUGGACAAAGGUCCUCAAGGCCAGCAAAGAGCAGAUGACGACCAGGGCAGCCUGCACAGUGAAGCCCCACACGCCCUCAGCUCCAGGCAGGGCUUGCCCACGUUCAGGGUCACCAUCUGGGCACCACCAUGGCCUGCAGCAAAGGCGUGUCCCCAGCGGCCAAGGGAGGCCGGUGCCACAGCCGCUCCACUCGUGUGCCAAGAACAGCCCCUUAGGCAGCUCCCCUCAACUCCCCCAGCACCGUACCGCCCCCCCAAAGCCUCAGAGCAGCCGGCCUGGCGCGAGCUCACCCCCUCUUCCCCCCUUCCCCGCCCCCUGCGAGUCCGUGACCUCUUCAUGGUCAUCACCAAGGAAACCCAAGUGCUGUGGGCUUGCGUGGACCUGGGUGUGCUGCUCAAGGCCCCGCCGAGAGGGCCCGGGCCCCCGCCCUCCCUGCCGCCCGGGAAGCGCCGUCUAAUUCAAUGCAAUGUUUUCUCUUUUUGGAAAAAUGUUUCUAUGAUAAUUUUGCUGUCUGAUUUUGUUCUUAGCAGGUUUGUUACGGAUCUAUGUAAUGUUGCACUAUAUUCAAUCCCAAACACUUUGUCCGCGUUCAGCCGAAGGUACUAAUAUCCCCUCAUGCGGCCUUAAAGCGCCCCCC